AGGGAGGGGCGGGAAAGUGGGACUCGUUCCCCUUCGGCUUGAGGGGUCUUUGGGGCCGCGCGGUAGGCAGUUGCCCCUAGGCUGAUCUACCCCGGGCAUGGGGCAGCCCGGGCCUGGGUGUCCGAGGGGGAGGGACCGUCGCUCUAAGCUGCCAGCGGGUAGAGGGAGUUUCUCCGAGGCCCAGUUGUCAGAAACACGAAGAACCAUCAAGGCGUUUAGGUGGCCCAAGAGGGCUUGAAAGGGAGGCAUCUCAUUUUCCUAGGCAGAGUGGUAUUGGAAUCAGUGACUUACUUUGCGUUUUUGUGGGUUUGAAUGAACAUUGAUCCAGAGACUUGCCCGCUUUGGCAAAGAUGUGACAUAAGGGAAACCUGAGCUAUUAACUCAACAGGUGGAGGAAGGCUCCGAAAGUGGAGGCCGACUCGGCUUGAAUCUCUGCUGGUGAAAACAGCUUUGGACCUUCUUCCUACUCCUUAGUUUCCUUAUUUUUCUGGAUCAUCAACCUGGGGACCUAAACGGUUGAAAUGUCUGUGAUUUUAUCUGCCUCAGUCAUUCGUGUCAGAGAUGGACUGCCACUUUCUGCUUCUACAGAUUAUGAACAAAGCACAAGAGUGGAGGAGUGCAGAAAGUAUUUUAAAUUACUCUCGAAGAAACUUGCUCAGCUUCCUGAUAGAUGUGCAUUGAAAACUGGACAUUAUAACAUUAAUUUUAUUAGCUCUCUGGGAGUGAGCUACAUGAUGCUGUGCACUGAAAGUUACCCUAAUGUUCUGGCGUUCUCUUUCCUGGAUGAGCUUCAGAAGGAGUUCAUUACUACUUAUAGCAUGAUGAAGACAAAUACUGCUGUCAGACCUUACUGUUUCAUUGAAUUUGAUAACUUCAUUCAGAGGACCAAGCAGCGAUAUAAUAAUCCAAGGUCUCUUUCAACAAAGAUAAAUUUGUCUGACAUGCAGAUGGAAAUCAAGCUGAGACCCCCUUAUCAGAUUUCCAUGUAUGAACUGGGGUCAGCCAAUGGAGUCACAUCUGCAUUUUCUGUUGACCAUAAAGGUGCUGGUAAGAUUUCUUCUGCUCAUCAGCGACUGGAACCAACAACCCUGUCAGGGAUUGUGGCAUUUAUCCUUAGUCUUUUAUGUGGAGCUCUGAAUUUAAUUCGAGGCUUUCAUGCCAUAGAAAGUCUCCUGCAGAGUGAUGGUGAAGAUUUUAAUUACAUCAUUGCAUUUUUCCUUGGAACAGCCGCCUGCCUUUACCAGUGUUAUUUACUUGUCUACUACACCAGCUGGCGGAAUGCCAAAUCUUUUUUGACUUUUGGCUUAAUCUGUCUAUGCAACAUGUAUCUCUAUGAACUGCGCAACCUCUGGCAGCUUUUCUUUCACGUGACUGUGGCAGCAUUUGUUACACUACAGAUCUGGCUAAGGCAAGCCCAGGGCAAGGCUCCUGAUUAUGAUGUCUGACACCAAUCUUCAGAUGUUUUACCUUGGCUUCAGGGGAGAAAAGAAGAGAACAUAUCUUAACUGCCACUGUGAUGAAGAAACUAUUCAUCUCAAAUGAGAAGCUCUGCUUUCUUUCUCUCCAACUAUUCUUUUUGUUUUAAAUCAGCAUGGCAUGCUUGUGACCACGCAAGACCUGCCAGGCAAACUCCUCUCAGAAGAAUGUUGGCCUUGACAUUAUUCAGAGGAGGAGAAGGAGAAGCUUCUCUCUGCGGGGCCAUAACAGUGAAAGAACAGUCAGACACAUUGAAAGACUUGGCCAGCAGUCCUGAAUCCUUGCUGAAGAGUUCAAUCAAAAAUUGUAUGUGGCACUUACUCUGAAGUCCAAGCAGGAACUCUGCAACAUGGGUUUGCCUUUGUGAGGCACUAGACCAAAUAAAAAAUGCUGCAGCAAAUUGGAAAGUUUAUAUUUAGAACAAAUGACUUGCUAAAUAUCAGAUUAUUUGCACAUUUACAGUACCAUGGGUUCAUGCGGUCCAGGGUGGUGUGGAUUUUUUUUUUCUUUUCCUUUUUAUAAUUUUGCGUGAGUCUUGACUCUGGAAAUCACCUGAUGUAGGAGAGGCUCAUGCGGUGAGCUCAUCUCUGGAACAUCACAAGUAUUGAAAAAACAAUGAUGUAUGUUUCCUUUCUAGA